UGCAAUCCACAUUCAAUGGUAUUUUCUGGCUCUUGUUCAGAUCCUGAUCUUAGUUUAUUGUACUAAUUAAUGAAUUUGAUUAAAAUUUUUGAUUCAUGUUUUUUGUUUAGUUAACUUAACUACCUUUUUAACCCGAUGAAUGGUUAAACUUAAUCUCCCUACUUUGACUGACAAUCUGGAAAGGAGUUUGGCUUCCUCAAGCGAACUCUUGUACUUCAAUAUCAUCACUUCCAUCAACAUCAUCAUCACUAUCAUCAUCAUCAUAAUCAACAACAACAUCAUUCUGAUCAUCUAGAUAGCAAUCUAACAACCACCAUAUUUCAUCAAUAACGCGUAUAACAAUUAUCUCUCCAUCAUCUGUUGAUCGACAGUAUUUGUAUGACCAUUACUGCUGCAUUGGUGCCUUGCCAUCUUCUGUGCUCAUCUCAUUUUUUUUGAAUUUUACUUCAAUAUUCCAGAUAUAUUUACAAUCAAUGAUAAUGAGUUAUGAAUCAUUGCUAAACGAAUAUUGCGUUAAAUGUUAAUACAAUUUCUUGGUGAAAAGGAAUUUUUCUUAGGUUAAUCUAAUGGCAACCUCAUCCAUACCAAAAGGAAAGGAUAGCUGCUUGUCAACUACCUCCUCUGUAAAUGUUACUGAAACCCCAAUUGUAGUGGCCAGUAGUAGUGUUAAUAAUGGCAAGAACAACAUUGUCAGACCUAGAAGUCUAAUGGAUAACUCAAAUUGGUGGAAACAUGUCAUUGCUGGUGCAUUUGCUGGUGGUGUCUCGAGGACAGUAACAGCACCUUUAGAUCGCGUUAAAGUGCUCUUGCAAGUUCAAGGGGCCCAGCUUGUUAGUAUAAGGGGUUGUUAUUAUUAUAUGAUUAAAGAGGGUGGUGUUAGAUCGUUCUGGAUGGGUAAUGGUAUUAAUGUGAUGAAAGUGGCUCCAGAAAAUGCCUUGAAAUUUACUUUCCAUGAUCAGAUAAAACUUAUCAUGCACGAUCAAAUGAAAAGUGAACUAGGUUUUGUAGAAAGGUUCAUUUCCGGGUCCAUAGCAGGAUCUCUGUCCCAAACUGUGAUAUACCCUAUGGAGGUUCUGAAAACUCGUUUCUGUCUUCGUAAAACUGGUCAAUAUAAAGGACUAUUGGAUGCUAUAAUGAAAAUAUACCAUGCUGAAGGUGUACGCGCUUUUUAUAAAGGAUACAUUGCCAAUCUUCUCGGAAUCAUACCUUAUGCUGGAAUUGAUCUAGCCACAUAUGAGACGUUGAAAAAAAUGUAUAUUCAAAGACAUCCAGGAAACCCACCAUUAGGAUUGUAUCUUGUUUGUGGGACUGUCAGUAAUAUAACUGGUGUGUGUAUUGUUUAUCCACUGACGCUAAUAAGGACUCGUUUGCAAGCUCAAACAACUAAUCCAAUGAUGCCUAUUUAUAAGGUGUUCAAGAAAAUAAUCGCUGAAGAAGGAUAUUGUGGACUUUAUCGUGGUAUUUUGCCCAACUUUCUGAAAUGUACUCCAGCAGUCAGCAUUAAUUACUUUGUUUACGAAUUUACACGUAUUCUUCUCGGAGCGGAGAUGUCUUGACGUUACUGUUUCAUAGGUAUCAUUUCAUUAGAACAACAGAGAUUUAUAAUUAUGUAUUUAAUCUGAUAAUCAUAAUUCUACCUUUCUCAUGAUGAUAAAUCAAAACUACAUACUUCAUGUAAUACGAUUUUAUGGGCCAGGGCUUAACCAUGUAUCCAAUAUUUUUCUCAUUUUCUUUCCGCUUUUUCAGAUUUACCCUUUCCUGCAAUUUUUCUGCGAGUUUUUGUCUAAAAGAAUGUUUGUUCUAGCAUCUUAAACAUCUUUUUUCAUAUUGCUGUAUAAGAAUGAAAUUGAACACCUAGUUUGUAAUGUCAGACUUGGACUGUUCAUCCUAAUUAUACAGAUGACCAACAUAAGCUGAUAAUUCAAUGAAUGUAAAUAUUCCAACAGGUUUUCCCUCAUCCUGUGAAUUGAGGGAUCAGUAAAUUAAGUCUUUCCUCUGUAAUAAAAAGAAUACUUUCCGAGCUUGUGAAAAA